AUGAAAAUCAUAGAUAUACCACUGAAGGUGGGAUUUUAUGUUCUUCAAAAAUUUGAUUCUGAGAGAAUGCUGAUAGAUGUUGAAGGAAAGGAACUGAAAAUGACAGCACAGUCUGUUAAUGACAUGUUGGGCAUUCCAAUAGGUGGAACCAUACUUACACAACUGGAUCAAUGGCCUAAAGAUGAUACUAGUUAUGAUGAAUGGAAGCAACGGUUUCAAGAAGGAUCAAUCAUCCGAUUGAAUGCGAUCAAAAAAGUUAUUGUUAGUACAACAAAAGCUGAUUUCAAUUUCCAAUUGAACUUCUUAGUUCUUUUUGUCAACACGUUUUGCGAGUCAACAUCAAUGAGAAGAUGCAACCUGUUUCCUUUGAGUUAUAUUUCAAGAAAAACAGAUAUCAGCAACAUAGACUGUUCAGAGAAGAUUAGAUAUCGAGAGACAUUUGAACAAGAAGAAGGUAGAUUUAGACUUGGAGAAUUAAAUGAAGAAUUUGUUAAUGAACAAGAUGAAGGAGAUACAGAUCUCGAAGACAGUGAUUCUGAUAAAGAUGAAGAUCAUUCUGUUGAGGCAUAUGAAUCAAAAAUAUCUAAAAUGCUUAAUAGUUUUGAGAGGAUGAAGGAAAAGCUGAAUUCAAAGCUCAAUGAUGCGAUAACAAAGUUCCCUGAAAAGGAAAGUUUUAGGAUUUUCAAAGAAAAGAUGACAAAUAUAAUUGUUGAAGAAAAAAUUGAAAGCACAACACUUUUUGAAUUUCCAAGUAAUGAAACUGGAGUUGAAGGAAUCAAUUUGACACCAAUAAUGGGUCAAAAAACAAAUGAUCAAAAAGAAAAUGAAGAUAAAUAG